AUGACAAAGCCCUCUGCAGUUAUUCUCGUCGCGGAUGGGUCAGAGGAGAUUGAGUUUGUGACUGCCUUUGAUGUUCUUGUAAGGGCUGGCUUCAAUGUUCGUUCCAUAGCUGUGCGCCGUGCAGAUGCGCAACAAAACAGAGCAUGGGUAGAACUAUCAAGAGGCCUCAAGAUCAUCCCAGACCAAGAUGGGUUUGCCAAUAGCAAUGCCGAUGAUAUCGAGUCCGACAUCCUGAUUAUCCCCGGCGGCGGUCCUGGAGCAAAGACUCUCUCAGAGGACAAAGUCACACUGGAGCUCCUCCACCGCUGUCGCCGUGAGGGAAAGUGGAUAGCGUGUAUCUGCGCUGGUACCACUGCUCUGGUGGCAUCAGCUUCCUCCUUCCCCGAGCAGGGAAAGGUUAAGGUUACGAGUCAUCCCAGUGUUAAGGACGAGAUCGUCGCAAAAGGAUGGGAAUAUGAGGAGGAGAGGGUGGUGGUUGAUGGGAAGGUGAUCACUUCUCGUGGGCCUGGGACCGCACUGUUGUGGGCAUUGACGAUCGUAGAAUUGAUCUGUGGAAAGGAGAAAAGAAUGGAGGUCGAGGGUCCGAUGAUUACAUCCACCGUAUUGUAG